CCCCCCCUCCCCGCCCCCUCACCAACCCUCUUUUCUCUGUUGAGGGAGAGAGAGGAAGAGACUAUGGACAGAAGAGUGCUAUUUUUGUUUCUUGUGCUGAUGGGCAUCUGCCUUGGUCGGAAGUCCUGUCCGGUGCAAGCGAAGCCUCGCCGGAUUCUCCUCGAUACCGACAUGGAUACCGACGAUUUCUUCGCACUUGUGUACCUGUUGAAGCAGAGCCGAUCCCAGUUCGACCUCAAGGCUGUUACGAUUAGUGCCAAUGCAUGGACAGAUGCUGCGCAUGCUGUCAAUCAUGUAUACGAUAUUCUUUACAUGAUGGGCAGAGAUGACAUUUAUGUCGGAGUUGGAGGUGAUGGUGGAAUAUUAGAUGAUGGCAACAUACUUGCAGAUGUUGGUGGCUAUCUUCCUCUGAUCGAACAGGGCUUGUCCACAGCAGGUGAUUGCCGUUAUCGACAGGCUAUUCCAGUGGGUGUUUGUGGGAGAUUAGAUAUCAACACUAACUACGGCUUGAGAAGGAGCUUCCUUCCUCAGGGUGAAAGGAGAUAUAUUCCUCUUCAGCAGCCCACAGCUCAACAAGUGAUGAUCGAUACUGUAUCUGCCGGCCGCACCACUUUGUUUGUGAUUGGAUCUCACACAAACGUUGCUCUAUUUCUCAUGACUAACCCACAUCUGAAGACAAAUAUCGAACACAUCUACAGCAUGGGCGGUGGUGUGAGAUCAAAGAACCCCACAGGCUGUUGCCCACCGGAUGCAGCCAACCCUUCUUGCAAGCCUCGGCAGUGUGGUGACCGCGGGAACCUGUUCACAGCGUACACCAGCAAUCCGUAUGCAGAGUUCAAUAUGUUUGCAGAUCCUUUUGCCGCAUACCAGGUCCUCCAUUCUGGGAUUCCAGUUAUCCUCGUCCCACUUGACGCAACCAAUAGUAUCCCCGUAAGCAAGGAGUUCUUCGAUGCAUUCGAGCAACAGCAAGAGACACUCGAGGCACAAUACUGCUUCAGAUCUCUUCAGCUUACCCGUGAUACCUGGUUCGGCGAUCAGUUUUACACAAGCUAUUUCAUGUGGGACUCGUUUCUUUCUGGUGUAGCCAUAUCGAUCAUGCAGCAUGCUGAUAGCUAUCUUGGCGAAAACGAAUUUGCAGAGAUGGAGUAUCUCAACAUAACAGUAGUUACUUCGAACGAACCUUACGGUGUAAACGACGGCUCAAACCCUUUGUUCGAUGGACGCGCCGUCCCCAAGUUUAAUCUGCAGAAAGCCGGAGUGCACAGUGGCCAUGUUCAAACUGGACCGCAGGAUCCGUUCUGCUUUGUGAAGGGAGGUGACAAAGGGAAAUGCCAGGACGGAUACACCAAGGAAGUAUCUAACUCGGAAGCAGUUCAAGUACUGGUUGCACAGAGAGCAAGACCUAAUCGAGAUGUUCACAGCCCAAUGAACAGGCAAUUCUUCAAGAGUUUCCUGGAUGUCCUUAAUCUGCAUCACCAAUCCGGGCGUUUCAACCUUACCACACAGUUCCCUUAUUACAGAGAGAUUUUGUACAAGCCAAAUUUUGCAAACCAGACAAGGGGAAGGCCUGUCAUAUUUGACAUGGACAUGAGUGCUGGGGACUUCCUUGCACUAAUAUAUCUGCUCAAAGCCCCUCUGGAGAUGAUAGACCUCAAGGGAAUAUUGGUGAGCGGCAACGGCUGGGCAACUGCUGCAACAAUAGACGUCGUGUAUGAUAUACUGCACAUGAUGGGGCGUGAUGACAUCCCUGUUGGUCUGGGCCACGUCAAUGCGUUAGGAACUCCGACCCUUGGCUGCAAAUACGUCAAGGCUGUUCCUCACGGCAGUGGUGGGCUUCUCGACUCCGAUACGCUCUUUGGGCUCGCUCGUACGUUGCCUCGGAGUCCCAGGAGGUAUACAGCUGAGAAAUCCGCCGUGCAGUUUGGAGCUCCAAGAAACGAUGAUCGCCAUGUACUCGGACAGGCAUCAGCUCUGCAAGUUUGGCAGUCCAUCUCAAAGUCACUGCGGCCAAGGCAUAGUAAGAUCACUGUGCUGACGAGUGGACCUCUUACUAACUUAGCCAGCAUCCUCGAUGUGGAUAAGAGAGGAAAGAAGGUCAUCCAGAAUGUUUAUGUAGUUGGUGGGCAAGUCAUUGACGGGAAAGACAAGGCAGGAAAUGUCUUCAGUGUUCCCACAAAUAAAUUUGCUGAGUUCAACAUGUUCCUUGACCCUUUAGCUGCAAAGAUGGUUAUGGAGUCGAACCUGACGAUCACACUUAUUCCUCUCAAUGCUCAGCAGAAGGUGAUUUCCUUCAAGAGGAUCCUGCAAACUUUGCAACUUGCAGAGAAAACUCCUGAAUCAACUUUUGCACAUCAAUUGCUGUCGUUGCUGUACCAGUUGCAGCGGAAGCAACCAAAACUGUACCAUCAUAUGGAAAUAUUUCUAGGGGAACUCCUGGGUGCAGUUUUCUUGGUUGAUCAUUCUAAGCUAAACCCAGUCAUGCAAAUAAAACCCAUCAGGGUUUUAACUGGAAAUCUGAGCCAGGAUGGGCAGAUUACAGUAGAUAAAUGUGGGAAAUCGGUCAACAUAUUAGAUUCUUUUGAUAGUGAAGCAUACUACAAUGUGUUUGCAGAUUUAUUAGGUGACAAGCGGCAGUCUGCUGUGAUCGGCAGCUUCGACGAACAGAAGAAAAUGUGGAGCAAACCCCAAUGAGGACGAUACCAGCGGAGGUUAUUUUUCUUAGGCAAGUGCAACAGAAAAGAGAACAAUAUUCUUUGCAGAGAUAUCCAUAUAUAGGACAUAUGGGCAUUCAUGUAUUGCCUUCCGGUUCCAAAUAGAUCCAUAGAAGCCAAUCUUUUGAUCUACCAUACAUUUGAAAGCAAGUAUUCCCUGUGGCCUAAAAAUCUAAAG